AUGCCCUCCGUUUACAUGACCGAAAACGUGAAAUACGACUUCUCCUGGGAAGACCUCGACCGUCCCAGCGACACGCUCAAGAUGCUCCUCGGCUCCCGCCUUCCGUAUUACCAGUACCUGCGCAGGGAGCAGCGGCCUAUCGCAGGCAACAAGCGCGUGGCAAAGUAUCUUGAGAAGCAGGAGGCUGAGCAUGAACAAGAGCAGGAGGGGGGACAGGCUAAGGGGCAGGAGAGCUCUGAGGGUCUUGUGUCAGAUGUUAAGGAGGGGACGGAAGACAAGGAUAUGGGUGGAAGUGACGCAGCCAUGAAGGAGUGA